AUGAAAUUCGCAAUCACCAUUUUCAUGCUUUUGGCAUACGUUGCCAUCGUAUCUCAGGCUAUUGGUAUCAAAAAUGGAGGAGGAUACGUUCGAGAGUUCCAAGCGAAACAUGAGAAACUUAUGGGCGAUUUGAGAAAUACCAUUGACGAAUUGGACCUUAGAAUGGAGCAUUGGGCCACAGCUUUUACUGGAAAUAAGUUUUGCAAACUAGAUUUCGUAGAAUAUAUGGAAAUGAAACAGCUGAUCCCAUUGGACAAGUGGAUGAGAUUCCAUCAAUAUGGUUUGGAGAUGAAUCAAUAUG